AUGGCGGCUUCGAAGAGCUAUUUCGCGAGGGGAAACUACCGGUUCCUGUCGAGUGAUCGCGACGCGCCUGCGGCGGCGGCCGGCGACUCGGUGUUCGAGCUCGACGAGUCGGAGGUUUGGAGCGCGGAGCCGCGCGUUGCCUCGCCGGAGUGCCGGAAGGCGGUGGCGAGCGCCCGCGUCUCGAGGAAACAGUCCUCCGGCGACCGCGUGCCGGCGUCCCUGCCGGUGAACGUCCCCGACUGGUCGAAGAUUCUGAAGGAGGAGUACAGGGAGAAUCGCCGGCGCGACAGUUACGAGGAGGACUUGGAGGAGAAGUACGGCGACGAUAGGGUUCCGCCGCACGAGUUCCUCGCGCGGCAGUUGGCGAGGACUCGAAUCGCCUCCUUCUCGGUGCACGAAGGCGUCGGCCGCACCCUCAAAGGGAGAGAUCUCAGUAAGGUUCGCAACGCUAUCUGGGAGAAAACCGGCUUCCAGGAUUAA